CCCGCUACGUUCCAUUGUGCAGCGGUCUACAUGGGGUCCUUAUGAUAUAAAUGGCUCUUUUGUUCCUGGGCCCAUCUCCAAACUGCAGACUCUGCUCGUACACAUGUGUCUAAUAAUAACCAUGGGAGCGGGAACACCAUAGCGGUAACAUCUGUCUCCUCACGCCCUGACGGCUCGCAGCCUAUAUUCCUGUGACUAUGACGUGGAGCAGGACAGUGACACCGAGGGGACAGGUUGUAGAGGGUGUCAGGUGACUGGAAGAUGACGUGAUCUGCACAAUCACAUAGUGGAUGUUUAAUGUUUACUUUAUAUAAGAGCACAGUGACACAGCACACUUCAUAUUUCUGUUUGGGACAAGCAAUAGAAGCAUGAUGGCACAAGUUCUACACAUGGAGACUCACUUUCCAGGUAAAUCUGUCCCAAAUUCUUUAUCUGCCUUGAAAGAGCCCGAGGCCCCGUACACUGUGGAGACUCCAUAUGGAUACCGACUGGAUCUGGACUUUCUAAAAUAUGUCGAUGAUAUAGAAAAAGGGCACACCAUUAAACGGGUGCCGGUAAGCCGCAGGCCUCGAUGUGGAUCAUUACCUCGGGGCCCGGGGUAUACUGGAUCAUGGUGGACAUCUACUGAAUCCCUCUGCUCCAAUGCCAGCAAUGACAGUCGUCAUUCGUCUUAUUCUUACUGUGGUAGAGGCUUUUACCCGGCCUAUGAGGUUCGGAGUGGAUCUUCAAGCACCUUCAAUCCCAGGGUUGAGAGGACACUGUUGGAUGCGAGUAAGAAGCUGGAGGCUGGACAGUCCCGUCCAGUUAGCCUUGGAUGCAGAUCCACCAGCAACUUGUCAACUGCGUCUCUGUCCCGUCUUCCGUCUUCAUCUUCCUGUCAGCAGUUAUCUUCUUUUACUCCGCUAAGCUCUGGUAUGUCAACUCCAGUGUCUCCAACUCCGGUCCACCUUCAACAUGUACGAGAGCAAAUGGCCGUGGCAUUGAAGAGACUGCGUCAACUGGAAGAGCAGGUUAAGAUGAUCCCAGUACUUCAGGUGAAAAUUUCUGUACUUCAGGAGGAAAAACGUCAGCUCAGCGUCCAACUCAAGAGCCAAAAAUAUCUAGGACACCCCGGAGGAAGUCCCAAGGGCAAGACCAGGGGAGAACUUUACAUUGAAAUUCCUGAGGAAGAGCUUAAGGAUGGAAAAAACGAUAUUGGAACUGGGGAAGAAGGAAAAGCAGGUGAUGAAAGAACUGAAGGAGAAGACAGGAAGGAGUCAGAAGAACACAAGGAGCAUUCCGGAACAGAAGCCAAGAAAGAAUGUUUGGCGUCCAAUGGGAUACCUGUUAAGAAGUUCUGCAGCGUUGGCGUUUGGGUACGAGAAGCAGACCUCGUUCCUCAUGGGCCAUGGAGGCAGCUAGAGGCCGACAAGCAAAAGCUUCUAGUUCAGGCUUUAUCAGCCAAAGUGGCAGUAUUGGAGCGGCAGCUCAGCCGAGCCUUGAGCGAGGUUCAGAACGCCAACCGCAAACUAGAGGAAGUUGAGCGGGCGUCAAGAGGUGAGGACACGUUAAAGAGAGAGAAGAAAGAGGACGUGAGAGCUGAUGCAGUUAAAGUCGCACGGGUGGAGCGAGGAAGUGAGGUAGUCUCCAGCACUGAAGUGGGUUCUGGAGUCCAACCUCAGAGGUCACGAGAUCUGGAAGGUAGAGGAGCAGGAUUACUGAAAAGUAGAGAAGAAGAGGACAGGGUCUACAAAAGCCGGGAGGUGAUGGAGAAACCCCUGUAUACGUCGACUGGGCCUCCCGUCCAUGUCCAUUUGGUGAAGAAGAUCAGCAUCACUGGGCAAAGCAUUGGGGAGAAGAUAGGGCCUGAUGUGGACAAUCAAAAUGUAGAGCCGUCACCUCAUCUUAUUGUUAGUCAAAACAUUCACGGAGCUGAAACCUCUGCUGGUGGUUCAGGGCCCAGGAUAGAAGAUGGCACAGAUUUCUCAGUGACGGGAAUUGCUCAGGAUGAAGAGUCAAAAUCUCAAUUUUCUGGGAUUAAUGGAGAAAUGGACGCAGCUUCAUCAGAAGAUUCUGGAACGAUGGAGAAUCCAUCUGACAGUGAAAGCACAGAAAGUGAAUAUCAUGAGGCUAGUGAGGGGCCGACAACACCCCAGAUGAACGUGCAGCUACCACUCACAACCAGCAUCCAACCGAAAGACACAGAGAAGCACAAAACCUCAGAGACCCCGGUCACCAGCUUUUUCCCUACUAGUCCUGUCCCCAGGGUGGAGCUCAGUAAUGUUCUCAUCUCGGGCUGCGUAGCUUUACAGAAAUCUCUUGAUGACCCUGCUGCCCUUACAGAUACAGAGAAGGCAGCAGCACAUGAAGCUGUUACGAAGGAAUGGAUGAAAAUCUUCAGACAGAAGGAGGUGGAUCCGGCCAUCAUCCGCCAUCACUUAAACGUCUUCCGUGCCAUGUCUCCGCGCCUCCUGGAAGUCAUCAUAAACAUGGCCGACACUAAAGGGAACACUGCGGUCCACUACGCUGUGUCCCAGUCUAACUUCACAGUGGUCAGGCAGCUCCUUGAUACUGGCCUGUGUGAUGUGAACAGACAGAAUAAGGCCGGAUUCACUCCGCUCAUGCUCACGGCCCUGGCAGCCUUCCACUCCGCUGAGGACAUAGAGACGGUCACACAGAUGCUGCGCCUUGGAGAUGUCAACUGCAGAGCCAGCCAGGCAGGACAAACGGCUCUGAUGCUGGCGGUCAGCCACGGGCGCCUGGACGUGGUGCGGGCUCUGCUGCAGUGCGGGGCGGACGUCAACGUGCAGGACCACGACGGCUCCACCGCGCUCAUGUGCGCCUGCGAACACGGACACGUGGAUAUCGUCAGCCUCCUACUGGCCGUGCCUUCCUGCGACAUGGCGCUCACCGAUAAUGAUGGGAGCACAGCUCUGUCUAUUGCGCUGGAAGCUGGGCAGAAUGACAUAGCAAUGCUUCUCUACGCCCACAACGCCAAGUCCUCCGCUGCGGGAAGGGAGAAAAACCUAAAGACCCAGAGUACAAGCCCAAGUGAUGAAUCCCAGUAGAAGGAGGAUUUUGGGUUACGAUUCUCCACCCUGGUGCUAUUUCUCAAGAGCUUGGGUGGAUGGUCGCCUCUGCAUGCCGUCCAGAGCCACAUGGCUUCUCCUGAAAACACAGCACUGCAAAAACCACUAUUCAUCCUGCUUCAGCACCAUGGAGAGAGGAACGCUGGAGGCCUGAGGGACAACGGGUGGGUGGAUGGGUUACCAGCCAGUGCAGGGGGGACAGGAGGUGGAGGGUUACUAAGGGUUAAGAAUGAGAGGAAAGCAGAACCCAAGAUGGAAGAGAAAAGAAGAUCAUAGUGUAAAAUGAUGACGUAGCGAUGGAAGAGAUAAAGAGAUCUUUUUAAAAUCUCUGCUUGCUGUCAAAAAAACAAAAACAUUCUUGUCCAUUAAAAACUUAUAUUGAUCUAAUACUUUUCACAGUCUAGUGGUCCGCACUUUGCAGACCACCGGUGUAGAAAAAAAACACAUAUCCAGCACACAUGUCUCUCCUGUACUUUUUCUUAGUUUGCUACAGUGUAUCAGUGAUGAUAAAAUGUAUAUUUAGAUAUUUAGAAAUUAGUAGAGAUUAUUUUGGGGCCCCUUUCUAUAGGCUAACCAAGCCUGGACCCGUAUCUCUGUUAUACACAGCGUAGCAAUCCUCAGCUGUGCAAAGUCACAGGAUCUAAGCAAGAAUGUUUCUAUUCACUGACAGCAAGCAGAGGAACAGAAGCACAAAAUAUAUUCAGAGGUUUUACAACUUAUAAUCAAUUAAGCUAAAUAACUACUACCAUCCCUGUACCCCUGAGAUUUUACCCCUAAUUGCAAGGGGCUCUCUUCUACCUUUGGGUGGUCCUACACCAACUGAAUCAGGCUGUCAGCUGUCAACCAUGCCCCCUGUCAUUGUCUUAGGGAUCUCUGCAGAUGUUGCUGAUCACAAUUGAGUCCUCAGUUUUAGACUGAAAUUUUGACAGAUGGCCCCAUUUACUUAUAGGGAGUAGAGAAUCCCAUUGGUCUCCAGGCGGCUUAAAGGAGAAUAAUUUGCAUGAGGGUGCCAAGGAGAUCAAUGGUAUGUGCAUAGUAAGAAGGAAGAACAUGGAUGAAGAAUAAGGAGGAGGAACAGGGGUGAAGAAUAAGGAGGAGGAACAGGGGUUAAGAAUAAGGAGGAACAUGGGUGAAGAAUAAGGAGGAGGAAAAGGGGUGAAGAAUAAGGAGGAGGAAAAGGGGUGAAGAAUAAGGAGGAGGAAAAGGGGUGAAGAAUAAGAAAAAGAACAUGGGUAGAGAACUGGAGGGAGGGACAUGGGUAAAGAAGAAAGGGGAACAUGGGUGUAGGCGGAGGAGGAACACGGUUGAAGGAAGAGGAGGAAUAUGGGUAAAGGAGGAGGGGGACCAUGGGUGAAGAAGAAAGAGGAACAUGGCUGAAGAAGAAAGAGGAACAUGGGUGAAG